GAUGAGAGAGAGAGAGACAGAGAGAGAGGGAGAGAGAGAGGGAGAAAGGGAGGUGGAUGUUGCUGCUGCUGAAGCUUCACUUCUUCUUUUCUUCUUCAGUUGUCGAGCUGCGUGAAGCUGAGAGGACGAGCUCACUUCACUGUGUCUGUUUCUGCUGCUGCUGCUCCUGAGACACAGAGGACAGAGACACAGAGGACAGAGACACAGAGACACUGAGGACAGACCACCAACACCAGCCUGACAUCAGUGAGGAAUAAUCAUGGAUGUUACAGAGAGUGAAGUGAGAGCGCAGACGGUCACAGUGCUUCACUCCAGUGACGUCACAGUUGCCGUGGCAACGGUGCGAGCAAAACAGAAUCCCUCUCUGCUCAGAGGGGAGGCCCCUGCAGUCAGAUGAGGUGAUUCUUCAAUAAGGAGGUGAAACUCUUUUCUAACAGACGGAGGAGACUUUUUAAAGACUAUUUUUUAUUUUUGAGACUUGUUGGAAUACGUGAAAAGGUGCUCGUGUUAAAAAAGAAGAGGCCGACAUGACGUCACAAAACCACUUUGCCUCUGUCUCAUUACAAAACUCGAUACAAGGAUAACCAUCGACCCAUCCCCUCCCCCGCCCUGACGGCGCUCAAGGACCGACACACUCCGAGAAUACCCCCCCACCACCACAAGCUUCAGGCAGCAUGGGAGACGGGAGCUGGGUUUGUCUGAGUCCAGCUGAGUUUAACCAGCUGCAACAGUACAGCGAGUACUCCACCAAGAAGCUGAAGGAUGUUCUGGAGGAGUUCCAUGGAGACGGAAUUCUGUCCAAAUACAACCCAGAGCAGAAGCAAGACGUUCUCAGCCAACCCAUCGACUACGAGGGCUUCCAGCUCUUCAUGGCCACGUACCUGGAGAACGACAUCCCAGAGGAGCUGUGUCAGCACCUCUUCACCUCCUUCAAGAGCAAGACGGGCGGCUGCUCCCCUGACCAAUCACGAGCUGGGACCAGCUUACUGGAGGUUCGCUCCAUUGACGCAGGAAUCUCUAUUCAGACUGAGGUGGCCUGUGCUCCCAUCACAGGAAUGAACGGGAAGAGCAUCCUGUCAGCGAUGGGCCGCCACACGCCGGAGCACUCGAGCGUCAUGAGCACGGCGGGCUCUGGGGCCACCACCUCGCCCUGUUCCUCCCGCUCCUCCUCGCAGCGCUCAGGGACGGGGGGCCACACUCCUGGGGGCCCCCACCGGUCACCCUGCGCCCGGGUCAGAGCGACAGAGGGUGGCGGCAGCAGCAACGUCCUGACCCCCAACUCUGUCCCCGCCAGGUCACCAGUGUCCCCCAAACUUUCACCAGAGAGGACUCACUCUGAGAAGCAUUUGUCGCUGCGCAGGAGUCCGUCGCCACAGCAGAAAGGUUCCCCGCUGCCGUCGCCUCAGGUCGUCUUUCUCAAGGACAUCGUCUGCUACCUGUCUCUGCUGGAGCGGGGGACGCCCGAGGACAAGCUGGAGUUCAUGUUCCGGCUCUACGACACAGACGGGAACGGCUUCCUGGACAGUUCGGAGCUGGACCGAAUCAUCAACCAGAUGGUGCACGUGGCCGAGUAUUUGGAGUGGGAUUCUACAGAGCUGCGACCGAUUCUGAAGGAGAUGAUGGAGGAGAUCGACUUUGACCGAGACGGGACGGUCACACUGGAGGAGUGGAUCAGAGGAGGCCUCACAACAAUCCCUUUACUGGUCCUGCUGGGCAUGGAUACGAAUCAGCAGGAGGACGGGCAGCACGUGUGGCGUCUCAAGCACUUCAACAAACCAGCGUACUGUAACUACUGCCACACCAUGCUGCUCGGAGUCCGCAAGCAGGGCCUCAGCUGCUCCUUAUGCAAAUACACGGUGCAUGAGCGCUGUGUGUCCAAAGACAUCGCCGCCUGCAUCAGCACGUAUGCCAAGUCCCGGAGACACACCAACGCGAUGCAGCACGUGUGGAUCGAGGGAAACUCUCCGACCAAGUGCGAUCGCUGUCACAGGAGCAUCAAGUGUUACCAGGGUCUGACGGGGCUGCACUGUGUCUGGUGUCAAAUCACUCUUCAUAAUAAAUGUGCGUCUAAUGUGAAGGCAGAAUGUGAUGGAGGAGUUUUGAGGGACCACACGCUGCUGCCCUCAUACAUCUGUCCUGUCGUCCUGGACCGUCACACGGUGGUGAAGCGGGGUGAGGGUGAGUCUCCGCCCAGCACCAGCCCUGACGACACCAACCAGACCUUUAAGUUCUCUCCUGGUGAUGGACAAGCGCUGCAGGUCAGUCCUCUCCCAGGGACACAUCCUCUCCUCGUCCUCGUCAAUCCUAAGAGCGGAGGGAGGCAGGGGGAGCGCGUCCUGAGGAAGUUCAGGUACCUGCUGAACCCCAGGCAGGUCUACAGUCUGGAACAAGGAGGUCCAAUGGCCGGGCUCAACUUUUUCCACGACGUCCCUGAUUUCCGGGUACUCGCUUGUGGAGGUGAUGGCACCGUGGGCUGGAUCCUAGACUGUAUAGAUAAAGCCAGCUUUGCCCGGCAUCCUCCAGUCGCCAUCCUCCCUCUGGGCACGGGGAACGACCUGGCUCGCUGUUUACGCUGGGGAGGAGGUUACGAGGGCGGCAGCUUGCUGAAGUUCCUGCGGGACAUCGAGCACAGCACAGAGGUGGUGCUGGACCGAUGGAACAUAGACAUCGUCCCAGACGACAAGGAGGAGAAGGGAGACCCCGUCCCCUACAGCAUCGUCAACAACUACUUCUCCAUUGGCGUGGACGCCUCCAUCGCCCAUCGCUUCCAUCUGAUGCGAGAAAAGCACCCAGAGAAAUUCAACAGCAGGAUGAAGAACAAACUGUGGUACUUUGAGUUCGGCACCACCGAGACCAUAUCUGCCACCUGCAAGAAACUCAACGAGUGCAUAGAAGUGGAGUGCGACGGGAUCAUCUUGGACCUCAGCAACACGUCGUUAGAGGGCAUCGCCGUGCUCAACAUUCCCAGCAUGCACGGCGGCUCCAACCUGUGGGGCGAGACGAAGAAGAGGAGGAACUACAGCCGCAUGAGCAAGAAGGUUCCCGAGAGGAUGCCGGCGAGCACGGUCACGGACGCCAAGGAGCUGAAGUUCUGCAUGCAAGACUUCAGCGACCAGCUGCUGGAGGUGGUUGGCCUGGAGGGGGCGAUAGAGAUGGGGCAGAUCUACACUGGACUGAAGAGUGCCGGACGCAGACUGGCUCAGUGUGCCAGUGUCAUUAUCAGGACGUCGCGACGGCUGCCCAUGCAGAUUGACGGCGAGCCGUGGAUGCAGCCUCCCUGCACGAUCAGGAUCACACACAAGAACCAGGUCCCCAUAUUACUGGGUCCGCCUCAGAAGACGCCCUUCUUUUUCUUCAAGAAACGCAACCGGAGCAGCGACUAGAACCCGAGCAUGCACACACGAACCCCCAACCCCCACCCCCGGAAAAAAGAAUGCGUAUUACUUAGUAGUACAAACUGUAUAUGCACACACACACAUACACACGAGCAGAGGCCGGUCCAUCCGAGGACCGGCUGGAGUUUGAAAGCGUGAAAAAAAUUAUAAAGGCUGGAUUUAUUCCUGGAGGAACCAAAUGAAAAGACUCGCCGUGCCAACCUUCUCCUGUGUAACCACCACCACCGUCCUCCAGACCCGUCCACUCCAGGUCCCAGACGUGGACUUAGUCAACAGUGAAGUGAAUUAGCCAUAAACUGAACCAGUACUGCACUGCCUACUUAACACGGCUGUGGCCACCGGUGGUUUCCACCAACUCUGGGACACAAGGAGAUCGUACCGAGCUCAAGACACACUACGACGAGACAGAGAGCAGCUCAGCGGCUGUUUACAAGUAAACAGAGAACGAACCACCUGUGAAAACACCUGUAUGAAUAAUGAAGGAGCUGUUUUAUUGUUGGAGUGCUCACUGCAGGGCCUGACGGCACGGUACUGCCGAGGAGGGGACGACGAACCAGGAAGCCUUAUGCAUUAUUGAUGGGUCUUGUUCGUGGUUUGAUGGCAGAGGCCUGGAUCAGGUGGAAACAUAGAGACCUCAUUCAGAACUGGUAUAAACGUCCGUCCUGAGUGAUCAGAUCAUGAGCAGAUCGUGCCAAGUUCUGGACAAGACCUUUGAAUGGUCUGAAAAGUGAGACUUACUGAACAUCCUGAUGGGUCAAGUGGAUUUUGGGUGUCCCAUAAAAACAAUUCUGUGCCAGGCUAACCAAAUACGACAGAACUAGCUAAGUUUAAAAAGCUAAUUUUGAUGUUGCGAAAGGUUAGAAUCAAGCCUUUAAGUUGUGGUAAUGCUUCUUUUGGGUUCUCCCUCUCUAGAGGUUGCCUCACAGCAGAUCUUCAGAUAUUUGAUUUGGCAGUGAUGGUUUAAUCCGGUUGCCCUUCCUGACGAAACACCCUCCCAUUUAUCUUGGCUUGGGACCAGCAAUAGGUGCACUCCAAUUAAUCCAAUCAAUUGGGAUCAAUGGGGAUUGGGUACCUUGCUCAGGGGAACUUGCCCCUUGACCCGUCAGGAAUGACCUGUCGGCAUUCAUCUUUGAUUACAUAGCCUGUUGUGAACACGUCACUGUUAAGAACAUAAUUUUGUUCUCACGAACAAUCGUGACGUCACUGUGUAGUCAAACAAAGGAUGUGAGAGAAUCAUUUCUGGGAUGCAUUUUAACGCCAGAGUUUAAGAGCGAAUGGGGACCAAUUUUUGGCCAACACCAUGUGGCGCUAGGUGGCAUCAAAGUCGCAGCUAAUUCUAAGGACUUGCCAGAAAUCAUCACAUUGUUUUAACUCCACCAUACAAGGUCCGGUCUGAACCAAACUUACUAUGAUUGAUGAUCGUUCCACCUUGAAGAUGUUUCCGGAGAACAGAGCGUCCCCUAGUGGCCACGGGAAACACAUCAUUUUACAAUUUCCUGCUCUGUGCUCACAGGGAGUAUCUGAUCCACUUCAAAUUUGGUGGGCGUCACUAAAAGCUGGCUAUGGUGCAAAUUUGGAUGUUUAUAAGAAAACAAGGAAUUGGUCCUGAUGGGCAACGGACGCUCGAAUUCUCACAAAAAUUGACAUAAUCAUCAACAUUGUCUCACCUCACAGUUGUGAACGCAUCACUGUUAAAAACCAAAUUUUUUUUAACAGAUGAAUUCUGUCAUCAGGCCGAUCGGAUCACUGAGGACGGUUGUCAAUAUCAGUUCUGAACAGGUCCAUGAGGACAAUUUUCACCCAUUAGAGUCAAAAAUCAGUUAAACAAUAUUUACAGACUGUUGUGGACGGAAGGUAAGAGACAGGCCUUGUCCGUGUGUGCAGUUACUGCUCCAUAAUUUAGCCGGGGGGAAGAUCGAAGAGAGAGAUUGUUGGCUCAUCUUUGCUUUGCUCAAGGAAACAAACUGUUUCUGUGCAGUUGAUUCAGUCAAACAGUCACGGAAUCAUCAACGGCGGCUCCUCGAGUGAGUCAAGGAUUGAAAUAAAUCCCAUCAAGGGGGGACACGCACGAUCGGGGCCCCCGUGGGUUUCUAUUUACCAGGGUUAUUGACAGGGGAGCUAAAUUUAUCCCUGUCCUCCAGUGAAACCCGACGCCUAAUUACCGUGUCAGACAUCGACUGGCAAUGUCAAGUGCACGCUGUCAAAGUGCAAAAUCCCCAAGCCUGCUCCGAAUGGAAGGUGCCGCCAACCGCCGCCACCACCGCGUGGAUUCUGUGUCGUCAAGAUGUCGGUUAACGACCAAAUAAAGACACAGAGGAACGGAAGUGUUUUUCCAUCGUAGAAGGUGGGAGAUUCAUGGUUGAGACAGCAGCGAGCUCACACUUCAGUGUUUUUUUUUAAAAAAGAAUGUAUUCAUAUUACUGUCCGUACAAACUCUAUUACACAGUCUGUGCCGACAGAGUAUAUAUGUAUAUCUCUGGAACGUAGGCGUAGCUAGCAUAUACUGUUUUUAAUAUAUUACUGUUAUUAAUGUGGAGCUUUUAGAGUAGAGAGGAGUUCAGAUCAGUAUUGUUCACUGUGCAGCGCCGCUGCAGUCGCCCUCUGGUGGCCCCGGUUUUCCACUUUGUCACAUUCGCAUCGUCUUUGGUUUCGAUUUUUUUGUCGAAAACAAAUAUUUAUACAUGGAAAAAUCUGUUUAAAGGUUUUUUUGACCGAUGAGAUGUGUUUAGCUGUUUCAGUUUGGCUUGGCGGGAAACGUAAAACCCAGGUCAUUUCUUCUUCGUCUGCGUCAUUUUUGGCAAAGAUGCAAAUUCCUGCGCCAUUUACACUGUGGCACACAUUCCUGUUCGGGGUUGUUAGCAUAGCCGUUAGCUAUGAAUGUUGAAUGCAUUUUUAGGACCCUAUUCCGAUCUACAGGUUUCACAUACAUGAUCAAAAAUUGGUGCGUGUGUUAAUCAUAUCGGGACGUACAAAAAAGUCCAGUCUGAACCAAACUUACUAUGAUUGAUGAUAGUUCCACCUUGAAGACGUCUCAGAAGAAAUAUUACAUUUGUUUAACAGAGUGCCCCCUACUGGCAAUAGAAAAACCAUAUUUGACUAAAAACACGUUGAUUCUGACUGAAAAAAUUGCAAAAAUCAAAAGUUCACAGUAAAACAGGGAAAUGGUCCUGCCAGCCAAACUGAUGCUCGAAUACUCUCAGAAAUUGACACACGCAUCACAACACUGGCUCACCUUCACCUCCAAUGUGGGUCCCCGGAUUUUGCGUGGCAAAAUGGCUCCACAGCGCCCCCUAGAAGAGGGGUCAAAUUGAGAUAAGUCUGAGGCUAGAUGGCACUGGGGCUAUAUAUUUAUUUUAUUUAUUUUUAUCUGUAGUAUGUUUUACGUAGCAUGAGUUUGGACAUUUGUGGAAACCCCGUCCUCACGAGUGCGACUGCUGAGAAGCUCUGAUGGUACAAACUGAAUUCCAGUGACAGGGUCAGGCAUUCAUGUCUUUACACCCUGAUUCCCUUUAAAAACAUGCUGAGUCAUUACUCUUACACCCAGUCUCUACGGAAACAAACCCUCCCCCCCCCCCCCGACGAGACUUUGGUUUCCUCCAAACAUCGGCUGGGAUGUACUGUAGUUCAGGUUAGAAUCACACCACUGUAAAGCCAUUCAGCAAAAGUGGCGUUCAUUCAAACACAACGGCAACACUGUGUAAAGAACGACGACGACAAAUACUCUGCAUUUCAUAAUAAUCCUUUCAUCGGUCGCUGAUGGAGCCUGGGCGUCAAGAGAACUCAGUGGUGACAGAGUGCAUGUUUACAUUACCUUUACAUUUACUGAAAGAAUGGUUUUAGACAGCUACAUUACCAAGUGUACAUAUUUGUUUAUAUAUUAUUAUAAUAAUAAUAAUAAUAAUAAUAAUGAUAAUAUUUUAUCUGAAGUUACGGAACUUUCAUCACCGCAUGCCUGCUGAAACAAAUGGAGAGUGAACAAAAAAGAAAUGAAGAGAGAGUGUGGAUCUGAUUAUUCAAACUUAUUCAAGCUUAAUGGAGGAUUUCAUACACACACAAAGAUAAAAAUCAUUCAUUAUUUUAUUAAACCGAUGGAGGAGUAGGUGAAACUUCAGAGUCUACAGAAUAUUUGUGGAGUUUCAGCUUUGGAAAAGUUAUCUCUACUUCUUUGGUUUCUCCUUUGUUUCUUUCAUUUCAUUCAUUUUUCCAGUCAAACUGGAAACUUUUCAUGGCUUUCUAAAGCUAGCUUUGGAAAACUGGCUUUGUGAAGCUAGCUUUGUAAAACUAACUGUAACAUUAGCUUUGUAAAUCUAGCUUUAAAUCCACUUUUGUAACCCAACUAGUUAGCUUUGUAAAACUAACUGUAAAGCUAGCUUUAACUGUAAAGCUAGCUUUAACUGUAAAACUAGCUUUAACUGUAAAGCUAGCUUUAACUGUAAAGCUAGCUUUAACUGUAAAGCUAGCUUUAACUGUAAAGCUAGCUUUAACUGUAAAACUAGCUUUGCAAAGCUAGUAGCCUCCAAACUGCUCCCGUGGUUUCAUCCAAGUGAAAAUUAAAAUUCAACUCAACGCUGUUGUUUAUUUUUGAGUCUAAAUGUUUGUUUUAGCCUCCUGACCAGGAGCCAUAUUCAAAUGAUUAUGUACACAGAGCACAAACUCACACUGCGUUAAUGCUCGAUGUUAAUGCUGCUGCUAGAGGCAGCUAACAAGGUUAGCAGAGCAGCAUCGGACACGGCUAACUGCCAGCUGCUAGCUGCUAAUGCUACUAAAGUGGACAUUUAGCCCAAAAAUGGAAUAAACAACGCAAUUUUGAGUCAAAUUUGAAUGUUUUUGACGUUGUUUUUAUUUUUGUUAUUUUUUUACGUUUAAAGAGGUGGUCAACAUUUACGUCGACUCCAAACUUUCAUCCACUCCUUCAUCAACACAGUGUUAAGUAGAAAAUGUGUGAUUUUUCAUGUUUUUGGGGUGAAUUUUCAUCUUAAAUGUUUGUUUUUUUGUUUUUAUUUUCAGGGACAAGAAAAGACGUUUUAGUGCAGUAGACGAUACACACACACACACACACACACACACAAACACGCACACUGUCUGAGUGGAUUUCCAAUGUGUGUCACUGCUCAUGUCUAUUCCUGUCCUUUGAAAUUAAUCAAUUGCCUUAACAAAUAAAUGUAGCCGCUCUGUGCUCGCAGACAGAGGAGAGAGGUCGUAAUCAGGAGAUUAUAUGGAUUAUUUGUGGCACAAAAUUUCCCCAUUUUUAACAGUGUCUGUGAAAAAGAGCUGACGCUCACCAGGUGGAUAAACAAAGAGCGUAUUUGUUUUUUUGUUUUCCAUCCCAGUGAAGCACUGACGUGAUUUAAUCAUCAAACAAAGGCACAUGGUGUCAUAUCAGAGUCCGACUCUGUUUACUUUACAGAUAACGUGACAAAUCCCACGACACAAGAAGAGACCAAAGCCAAUUAUAUGUUCCCUUUUUUACAUUUUAACAAA